GAAAAAUCAGUUGUUGGAUGCUAUAAAACAGGGUUACGGACUCAUGAGGCAGCCACUUGCAACUGAACUCUUGCUCCCUACUUGUUUGGUUAGCAGUUAGCCCUUUACCGAUUCAACACCACCUUCCGCCUGGAGGCUCCGCUCCUCUCUGCUUUGAAUCCAAAGAUAUAUCCUUUCCUUUCCAUUGAAGAAGUUUCAACGAAGGUCUCCGGCACCCAUCAUGUCAAAAGUUCCCCUUUUCUCUUUAUUCCUCCUAUCCAUCUCCACUCUAGCUCCCUUCCGUUUUUAAUACUUGUUACUUUCCUUUUACCCUCACCUUUUGGAAGAUUUCUCCAACAAAAUCCCCAUCCUAAAGCCUCAACCUUCCCCUUCACGACUCCGCCUACUACUAUUUGUUCCCCCCGCUACACUCCUCACUCCUCACAAUGGAAGAGAGUAUCCUAUGCAAAGAGAGAGUCACCAAGAAGGUCCUCUCCCCCAACGACUCCCAAACCAAUUCAAGAAUAGUGCGCAUAUCCUACACUGAUCCAGACGCCACCGACUCCUCCAGCGACGACGAAGGGACCCCCGUACUCCGCCACAGAAUGAAGCGAUUCGUCAACCAGAUUCAAAUACAAACCGCCGCCUCCAACUCCCGGAAAAGGCCCGCCGCAGACACCUCCUCUUGCCGUCGCCAAGUCAAGCUCCACGGCGGCAAGAAGUUCCGCGGCGUCCGCCAACGCCCCUGGGGGAAAUGGGCGGCGGAGAUUCGAGAUCCGGGCAGGAAGGUUCGUCUCUGGUUGGGAACCUACGACACGGCGGAGGAGGCGGCCAUGGUCUACGACAAUGCCGCCAUCAGGCUUCGAGGCCCCGACGCGUUGACGAACUUCGUAACGGCGCCGGCAAGGGAGGCAGCAGGCAUGAAAAUGGGCGCGGUGAAGGAAGAAGCGUCCGGUUGCGGGUACGAGUGGAGCGAGGAUAACUGCGAGGAGCAGCACAACCUGUCCUCUCCCACUUCGGUGCUCCAUUUCCGGAGCGAGGAAAGGUCGGAGUCUGAGAAAUGUGAACAGGGGGAGGGGGAGACCGAAGCGACCUUGUUCGACGAGACGGGUGAGUUCUUCUCUGUGGACAACAUGCCUGCUUGGGAUGACGUCUUCAAUUUCGAAGCUCCCCAGUACCCUCUCUUGUUCCAAGACGAUGAGCCUCUUCACCCGGACUCCCAUUUGUUGGACCAAACGCUGCCCUUUUCCCCGGAACAAGCUUUCACUCACAGUAGCAUUCUUCUCGCCGACUCCCUCAUAGAUUUCGACAAAGCAUGUUCUCCAUCCUCCACGUCCCAACUCGACCCUUACGAUUACUUCCAAGACAUUUUGUUCGCCUCAGGCUCAGACCCUCUUGUCCGUCUUUGACUCUCCAUUUUUGCUUCCUUUAAUUAAUUAAGAAAAUAUUUAUAUAUAUUAUUAUAUAUUUACCUUUAUUUAGUUACUUUCUUUAGAUGGUCCGUUACAAAUAGUUAACUGAGACUUGAGACUUGAGAGUUGAGAGUUGAGAGUCAAGUUUUGUUUAAAUUUUGCUUAAUAAGUAGGAUGGUUGAGACGACAAGAAUCGAAUGAAUGUAUAUUUGUCCACAUGUUAAUCCAACUGUAAUGCUCUUCGUUUCAAUUUCA